AUGGAUACCUUAAGGCCGUUGGUGGAUGAAAAACCGGUUGUUAUUUUCAGCAGGAACAAUUCUGAUCCUGUGAGCCAUUCCAUGAAGCAGCUCUUUACUAGCUAUGGUGCAAAUCCUGUAGUUUAUGAGCUGAAUCAAUUACCGAAUAGACAAGAAGUUGAAAAUGCCCUUGAUCAGGUGGCAGUGCAGACCCCAAGUGUGCCAGCUAUCUUCAUUGGAGGGAACUUUAUUGGUGGGGCAAAUGAUGUUAUUGGCCUUCAAGUUCGUGGAGAACUAGUGCAAAAGCUGAUUGAUGCACGAGCCAUAUGCUGUAUUAAGAUGAGGCUAAAAUUGUUUAGUGCCGCGCCUUCACUCCUGCUGAAUACAAUAGUUAUGUGUGCUAGUUUACAUAUGCCAGAAGUCGUUGCUUGA